AUGGUCGCUAAUAGCAGUACAUAUGAACCUACAUUAUACACUUUGUUGCUCACUGCAAUGUGUCUACUACUGGCUCUAUUCCUCCUAACGAGGCUACUGGUAGCUCUACGCAAUAAGAACAAGUUAUUGGCCUGGUCUACUGGUUUUUACCUACUGUGUCUACUAUGGACGGGCGUACGUGCCGCAUAUUGGAUCAUUAUGUCGACGCAAUCAAAUAUGCGGUACCUGACGCUCUACCUGCUUUAUUGGUCGCCCACUCCUAUCCAGUUCGCCAACUUUUCGCUGCUUAUCCUAUUCUACAUCCAAGUGCUUACGGGUCCAGAGUGGCGCUCCAGGUGGCGCAAUGUUUGUCUGCCACUUUAUCUGUUACUGACUAUGACUAUGGCUACAUUCACGGUCGUCUGGGCUUUUAACUCGUCCAAUGAUAUUUCCAAGGUUGCGCAACGUGGAGACGAGUACGACCAAGCAUUCUCUAGAGUUUCUGAUGUGUGCGUACAGCUCAAGUACUCUGCCUUUUCGUUUUUCCUGCUCAGUAUACUCUUUGGUUUCUUUGGUUGGAAAAUGGCUAAUGUAGAAAGCUGGAAGCGAAGAAGACUACUCUUAUCAAGGCCACGGAGCUUGGCGGUGAUCAACUCGCUGCUAUGCCUGAUUUUCUUUACAAGAGGGAUUCGGGAUGUGGCUACGUCUCAAAGUUGGUUCCUCAGCAUCAGGAACAACUUCGACAUGAAUGGCCGCGUGACGACAGUCGACUACUUUGUAUUCUUCUGCUUCUGGGAGUUUUUACCCACCAUUUUGUUGCUCUGUUUGAUCUCGUCAAAGGCCGGUGGUGUAGGAGCUCCAAAGCAUGGACCUGCGUCACAAAAGUUGCCUGACUACGGCAUUUUCCACAUUAUUAAUACUGGUGAGGGCAAGCAGCUAACGGCAAGCCCACUUGGCACAAGUGCCUACAACUCGUAUGGAACUCGGACAAAAGGCCCAGGUGAUUAUGAGCGAGAAACCGAGCGCCCGCGAUGGACGCAUGGGGGUGAUCUCUUUCAAGAUCCUUUGCGAUAUGACUCAGACGAUGAACCAGUGCCGUCACCACGCCAUUUUUUGGAGAGUUCCAAUAGCGAUGCAAACAAUAGCAAUUACCACUACGAACAAGUACCAGGUUUUUCAACUAGAAUCUAA